CCCAGUGAGCCUGACACGUCAUGACAACUGAAGCAACCCAACCUUCGGCAAUCUGCACCUUUGCUGUCAAACUCUGGAAUGCGCCUCACUCCAGCAUCGCUCAAUUUGUCCAUUCCUCCUAUUGAUAAAGUCCGCUUCUCUUUUGAAUAAGUGAUGUUGUCUACCCGAUCUUCACCGAUGCUUUCCCCACUACAAAAGGUCGACCGACGUUGUCUUCGCUUUCGCUGUCGUGCCGCCAUCCACAUCCCACCAUGCCACCGUCGCAACGCCAAGACGGUUUUGCGCGUGCCCUGGCCAAAUUCAAACAGGGUCUCGAUCCAAGCCUUGCCCAGCAGUUUUCCAUCAGUACACUGGAAGAUGUCCGGGUAUUGGCAGACCAGAUUCAGCAUGAGCAGGGACCGCAAGGAAAGCUCCGCCACCUCCAGCGGCUCGAGCCCUUCAUUGAAGCAAUAACCCAGCUUGGUACCGUUAUUGAGGUCUUCACAAACGCAUGCGAUUUCAUAUGCUUCAUCUGGGGCCCCAUCAAAUUCCUUCUUGGGCUUGCAAAAACACACCUCGAUUCCCUCAAUAAGCUCCUCGAGGCGUAUGGAAAGAUUGCUUCCAGUAUUCCGGGCCUGGAACGAUAUAAAGAAGCCUUUCAAAGCCAUCCACCUUUGGCCAAAGUGCUCGAGGACUAUUACUCUGACAUUCUCAACUUCCACGAACGAGCAAUAGAGGUUUUCAGGCGACCGAACUGGAAGAUGCUCUUUGACGCUGCCUGGAAAAGGUUCGACUCAAAGUUCGGACCUAUUCUCCAAAGUCUAGAUAGCCGCAGAGCGCUUCUGGACAGUGAAAAGGCAUCGGCGACCCUCUAUGAGAUCCACCAGGCACUGGAGGAGAUCAAAGAAAAUGGCAGAGAACAAGCCGAUAUGAAGAGGCUGGUGGAGGAAAUGAAGCAUGAGCAGCUGAAAGAGCUGAUCAAGAAAAGGUUGGACCCUCCAAACUACCUGCAGCAUCACGAGCAACUUUUGCGAAAAAAGGCCGCCGAUUCAGGGCAGUGGAUCUUCGCAGACCCCAAAUAUCGAGUGUGGCACGACAGCAGUCUUUUUGGGAGCAAGAUACUCUAUGUUCAUGGGAAACCAGGUGGUGGAAAAAGCACCUUGAUGUCCACCGUUAUUGAACGACUAUUGGGUAACAAAACGGCUGGCGCUGCUGUGGCCUUUUUUUACUUCCGUCAGUUACAAGAAGACAAGAACGCGUCCAGGGGCAACUUAGACAAUCUCCUGCGCGCACUUCUGUACCAGCUCAUCGAUCAAGACCCUGACCUGACCGAUUCGAUUACCAACAUGUCAAGAAACGACCAACUCCGACUCAGCUCUAAAAAGGAAUGGAAGGAUCUCGUUUGCAAAGCUGCAGGAACUCAGGCAACGCUUUACUUGGUUCUUGAUGGGCUGUAUGAGUGCCAGAGUGAGGAAGAAGAAGACAUCAUUGAAUGGCUCUUGGGCCUGAGCCAGUCCGUCCUUGGACUGAGAGUCAUUGUCGCCGGCCAAAGAGACAAUGUCACGGAUAGACUCUUGUCUUCCCAACCAUCAAUAUCUCUUGACACAUCAACCGAGCAUCACCGCGACAUCACGGCGUAUUGUCAAAAGGGUUCUAAGAAGAUAUGCAGAGACUUCGAUGCGGAACCGUCCUUGGAAAAGACAAUCAUGGAACUUGUUUCCAGAGGAGCCAAUGGCAUGUUCCUUUAUGCAAAGAUAGUCCUCGAGUAUCUACUCGACCAAACGUCGGUCCAUGACUUGGAGGAGCAACUGAAGCCAGGGGUCUUUCCUGACAGCCUAGAGGAAGCUUACAAAAAGGUCGACGAACGUGUGUUUGAGAAGUCCGCCCGCCCGAGAAGCGCCGCUGCGAGCGAAAUAUUGAGCUACGUUAUAAGCUGCAAGCGUACGCUCUUCUGGAGGGAAAUACAGGCCUUCUUCUGUAUCGAUGCGUCGAAAGGGGAAGUAGUCCACAAGAAACUGAUGAUUAAGAGCUACAAGGAGCUCUGUAGCUCUUUCCUGGACUCAAAUUCUUUGAACAAGAACUACACUGGACCCGAGGACGAGGUGGUACUAGUACAUGAAACAGCUCGCGAAUUCCUCAUACAGAAGAACAGAGUGAACAUCCAUGACCUGAAUUCCAGGCUCUCGAUAUUCUGUUUUCAAUACCUUUCAUCGCCGCCCUUCACUAUCGGAGUUACGGACGAAGAUGUGUUGUCGUAUGCCAAAAAGGGAUACUACGCCUUACAAGACUAUACAGUCCAGUACUGGUUCGACCAUGUUCUCGAAUGCAUCAACUCCCCUGACCCAAUUUCGGACCGUGACAGAUGCCAGGAUGUUUUCAACCUCGCCCGGAUCUUUCUCAAGUCCUAUGGAAACCGGGGAAAGAUGGCAGAGCUACUUCAAGCAGAAACUUAUACGGAGUUCGCUGUUGCAACAACCAAGUACUUACCAACUCAUGGCCAAGAACGCAACUCCUUUCUCUGCAUCGACAUACGAACAGAGUCGCUUCGGCAAAAGAUCGCCAAACUAGACUUUGGAACCUUUACUGCGGAAGAGCAGAGAGUCUUUGGCAACCUCCACGGGUCCAGAACAUUAUACAAGUGCUCAAAACCCUGGUGUGGCUUGUUCAAGGGGGGACUCGCGAGUGAGUCAUACCGACGAAAGCACAUCGAUGAGCACGACUUUCCGUAUCGGUGUGCAUAUGAUGGCUGCAUGGGAUUUAAGCUGGGAUUCAGUACAGAAGACGAACUUCAGAAGCACAAUACGAAGUGGCAUGCUCAGAAAGACGACGCCAAUAGCUUUCCCAUCUUUCCCAAACUAGAAGUUUCGUCUAGCGGUUCUGGAGACUCCAGCGAGAGUAGCCUCCGCGAAGCGUGUAGAAGAGGCGACACCGAGAGAGUGAGGCAGCUGCUGGAAACCGAUGCGGGGAAGAAGGAGAUAAAUAAUUGGGGCUACACAUGUGCACUUGGAAUCGCCGCCGCAAUGGGACAUGAGGACAUUUGCGAUUUGUUGAUAUCCAAGGGUGCGAACGUUAACAUCGACGAUGGAGCACCACUCCGAGGAGCAGCGGAGAAUGGUCAUCUGGAAGUUUGUAAGCUGUUGAUUUCCAACGGCGCGUCCGUCGACAUUUCUCGUGGAAUGCCACUCCGAGAAGCAGCGAAGAAGGGUCAUCUGGAAGUUUGUAAGCUGUUGAUUUCCAACGGCGCGUCCGUCAACAUCGACAAUGAACAGCCACUCCAAGAAGCAGCGGAGAAGGGCCAUCUGGCAAUAUGUGAGUUACUGAUAUCCAACGGUGCGAACGUCAACAUUUCCUCCGAAGUACCACUCCAAGCAGCAGCAAGGAAUGGUCAACUGGAAAUAUGUGAGUUGUUGAUACAGCGAGGAGCGGAUAUAAAGUCCAUGGGCGGGAUCCAAUCAUUACAUGCUGCAGCACGAAACGGGCACAUUAACAUAAUCGAUCUACUUCUCAACCACGACUGCAUAGAACCGAACAAAUCCCACCAAGGUCCCACGGCGGCAGAAGCGGCAGCUGCCAGAGGUCAAAUUCCGGUAUUACGUUUUAUGCAGGCCUCUGGAAAGGUAGACAUGAGCCAGAGUGUCAACCUCCUUCGAUCAGCUUGCAAACCUCACAGGAUCGACACUGUAUCGGACACAAUUCAAUACCUACUGAGUAACGGUCAUGCCGACCAGGCGGACGAGAAAUGCGUAUGGAAGGUUCUGGGUGCUGUAAGAAUUGGCGGUACCGAGAAGCACAUAGCCAAAGUCGAAUUGGUUUUCGACAUGCUACUGUCCACGGCGAACCCGGUAUUCAGCGACGUCAAGCGUCUCACAAAAGAGUUGGGGUAUAAGAGCAAGAACAGGAGGGAUCAACCAAAGCAAUUAAAUGAGAAACGAAGACAGAAACGAAGACCCUUCUUGAUCUCAAUCAUGGAGUACCCGAAAUGGAGGAUCCAACGUUCCUCUUGGUCUAAAUUUCUCGAGAUGAGAAAGGAGUUCGGAAGGGAACUGGACGAUGAGCUUGAAAAGGUCGUCAACAAGUUUGUGAAAAGAAUUGAGGACAACAGGAGCACGACUCUUGUUGAGGAUCAGCCUGAAGUGGAGGGCCAGGGCGAGCCGAUGGAGACUGCAAAAGAGACGGAUGAGGAGACGGAUGAGAAGGCGGCACAGGAUGAGGAGACGGUACAGGAUAAAGAGAUGGAUGAUGAUGAAUUUUUCCGUCUAUAUUUUAACAUGACAUGACGUGACGUUAUUGGAACUCCUCUAGUUUUGUUGAGGAUCUGUAUUAGACAGUAUACUCGCCUUCAAUUCUACUUUGUAUCUUUCUUUUGGCUAGACGGCGAAAUGUGACCAAGAAAACUAUUGAAAAAGGAGGUUGCUUGGAG